AAAAAUUAUCCUUCUUGUCGGAACUAGCAGAGUGGAUUAAAACCAGUAAUCAGAAUUCAGAAUAGAUGAGAUUCAGAAUCUUUACAGAUAAUAAAAAAUAAUAUUCUAUAAUAGUGACAGCAAAUUCAUAUUAUUCAUAUCUCAUUCAUGUUUAUCAAAAAAUCACCAUUCAUGAACACGGGCAUACCAAACUUUCUCUCUCUCCCCCCUCUUGUCUCCAUCUUCAAUUCUUUCACCAAUAAUUAUAUCCAUUUUUUAAACUUUUUCUGGCUUUUGUUUUUUUUUCCUUGUUUUCACUGAAAAGAAGGAUUAAGUGUGUUCAUUUAUUGUCAAAAUUGUUGCGUUGUUAUUGGGCAUGUAAGUAGAAAAUGAUGCUACUGCAUAAACCCUUUUUGCAGUUAAAACAGAUGGGUAUAUAUCUCAGUACCCCUAAAACAGAGAAGUUUUCCGAAGAUGGUGAGAAUAGCCGGCUUAGAUAUGGCUUAUCAUCAAUGCAAGGAUGGCGUUCUACAAUGGAAGAUGCUCAUGCGGCAAUUCCUGAUUUGGAUGCUUCCACUUCAUUUUUUGGUGUUUAUGACGGUCAUGGAGGUAAUUUUAUUUGUUUGUUUUAUAUAUUUGUGUUUGCAUGUGUUUGGGUCUAAAGAGACAAGCAACCAGAAGAAAAUAAUUUGUUGAAUUGUAUGCAUUUAUCACCUGUCUUGGGUUCCUUGAGUUUUUAUAGUUGCAAAACAGAUGCGUUAACGACUACAUCUAGUUUGGAUAAUGAAGAGUUUACUGACUUGUUAUAGAUGCUUGUUGGGUCUAGUGCCAUGACUCUGCAAAUUCGGCUAAGAAGCACAGUUAUGUGUAAACUUAUUGCAUAUUGGGUAUGGAUACAUCCAAGCUUGGAUAAGCAUGGACAUGCUCUAAUAAGUAUGUGAUACCUUUUUUUUAAUUAUUUUAUGUUUUUUAUAUUUUUGAAAUUUCUUAUACGUAUUGGACACGUUAAGACACGUGAAGAAGAUGAGUUUUAUUGGUUUUGAAAACUUGUAAAACUCAUUAUUAUUGGCU